UUCAGGCCAUCAGCAGAAAAGAUUUUCGUGCAGUAGGGCGCGAAAAAUAGCCUCAAUGAAAGUGACCCUACCGGUACUCGUACUCGUACUCGUACUCGUACUCGUAUGUGAUUAGGGAGAACGACAAGAACAUAGCAUCAACAUCAAAAAGACCCUUUGAGAAAGUUUGCGAUCGCAACCGAAACCUCGUUAGGAACCUGAUACUCGAGACCACACAGCGAAGUGCAGACAUACCUCUGUUUUCUUGAAGAAAAAGAAACUAAGCUCAAUCUGCAAACAACAAUCGCUAUGGUUACACRAAAUGCAGCGAUCGCAGCGCUUUCGUCUACGGCUCUGAUCAGUCUGGCGCCAAACGUGCUCCUUUUCCUUUUCCCCCAUUUCGCCUCGGGCGAAGGCCGCAGCAGCAAGUUCCUCUCGCUGGGACAGGCCCUUGCCGCAGGCGGGCUGUUGGGAGACGUAUUUUUGCACGUCGUGCCGCACUCUGGUGGAAGCCACGAUGUCGGSCUCUGGAUCUUGCUGGGGUUCUCGCUGUUUUUGUUGACCGACAUGCUCUUGCGGUCAAUGGGAGGGAAYUCGCACGGCCAUCACCACCACGACAAGACCAAAUCACCGGAAAGCAAAACCUCGACGGUAUUGUUGAAUCUAACAGCGGAUUCACUCCACAACGUGAGUUGAUAUUCAACACGAAUUGGACGUACGAUAGAUUACAGUGCUUUCCUGAUAAAAUGAUGAAAGGCGUACCGCGUGYAUUGAUACCAACCAAUUUUUAUUGCAUCCUAAUGUUUUCGAAAUCAAUCGCGAACAACGRCGUUAUGUGCUUUUGUUCGAAUCUUAGUUCACAGAUGGGCUUGCAAUUGGAACCUCGUUCGCCAACUUUACGGGCAACGUCGGAAACGGCAGUGUGUUAAAUCUAGUCCAAUCGAGAGGUGGUCUAGCCACCCUCUCGAUAUUGUUCCACGAGAUCCCCCACGAACUGGGGGACUUUGCGAUUCURGUCAAGAGCGGAUUCUCGAAGCGGGAAGCAAUUUUUGCUCAGUUCGGAACGGCGGUGUCGGCGAUGCUGGGCUGCGUUGUCGGGCUCGAGGCGGCCGAUCUGGCAGGGGACAGUUUGAUUUUUAUCACGUCCGGUGGUUUUGUCUACCUCGCCACCGUCAAYAUUCUGCCUGACAUUCUGGACGAAACGGCCUCCCUCCGGUUUCGGUUGACCCAGCUCUUGUUUUUUUCCUUUGGCGUUGCUUUCUUGUACGCGGUGUGUCUCCUCGAAGAAAUGAACGGGGAGCACGGUCACAGCCAUGGGCACCACGACCACCACGACGAAGCCAGGCACUUGCACGAAGAUCAUGGACACGGUCACGACCAUGGCCAUCAUCACGGUCAUGGUCAUGGUCACGGUCACGAUCAUAAUCACCACCAUUUCGUUGAAUUAUAAAGCUUGAUACCUAUCACCGGGAUAAUAUUACUACAGCAAAUAUUACAUAGUAAGAAAACAGCACACCAUUAUAUAAUAACCACCUUUUUUUCGA